ACUAAAACCAACAGCAGAUGAAUAGCAACACGUUAAAACCGUUGUGUGCACAAAUUAUUUGUUACAGAUCUAGGAGAGAAAUCUCUUAGAAGAGGAGGGGGUAAAGAACACCACACAAAGUGCUUGAGAACCAGAUCAAUCCAAGCUGACAAAAGAGAUCCCGAAGCUGUAAAUGCAAUUCGUCAAUUAACGAUUCUUCAAGACAACCUAAGUUGACAGAUCAAGAUGAGAGUACAGACGAAAAAAAAGCAUUGGCUUCAGAUAUUGUACUUGGCGUCAGUUGAGUGGCUGACGAUCAUCGAUGCCAUGCCUUUUGGAAAGAAACUGAAAGCUAUUAUGAAGUCUCUACUGGAAGCUCUUUCUGAUACGACUUUCCGAACCAUCACUACUGACCUCCUUUACAUUGCAUCCAAUGAAGUACAGUAUGAUGACACUAAAGUAGACUUCAACAUGACAAAACUUGGUUAUGUCACUCAGAAUCUGCAUUCUUCCCUUGGAAAAGGCAAUGCCUAUCUCGAAAAAAUGACAGCUGGAGAGGAGCUUUUAUCCAAUGCCAACCUCCAUGAUUCAAUAAAUGCUACUAAUUACCUGUACAACCAAUCAAUUAUGAACGAUGAAUCGACAAUAACUUGUGGAGAAAACUUUAUGGACAUGGAAUGCUUUAUGAUUCUGACCCCUAGUCAACAAAUGGCAAUCGCUGUAUUGGCUUUAACUUUGGGAACAUUUACUGUGCUAGAGAAUGUAUUAAUUCUGUGUGUUAUAAUCCGAUCUCGCAGUCUCAGAUACAAACCAUCCUACCACUUCAUCGGCAGCUUGGCAGUGGCUGACCUCCUGGGCAGUGUGAUCUUUGUAUAUAGUUUCGUCGACUUCCAUGUAUUCCAAAGGAAAGACAGUCCCAAUGUCUUCCUGUUCAAACUUGGUGGUGUCACAGCCUCGUUCACAGCUUCAGUAGGCAGUCUCUUCCUGACAGCCAUUGAUCGAUACAUCUCCAUACACAAGCCCCUUGCCUACAAGAGGAUUGUCACACGGCCAAAGGCAGUCAUUGCUUUUACAGUCAUGUGGACCAUAUCAAUCAUGAUCGCUGUGCUUCCUCUGUUGGGCUGGAACUGUAAAAAACUGAACUCUGUCUGCUCAGAUAUCUUUCCUCUCAUUGAUGAGACUUAUCUGAUGUUCUGGAUCGGUGUUACAAGCAUUUUGCUGCUUUUCAUCAUUUACGCCUAUGUAUACAUUCUGUGGAAGGCACAUGUUCAUGCUGUCCGUAUGAUCCAGCGUGGCACUCAGAAGAGUAUAAUUGUACAGGUGACUGAGGGUGGCAAAGUGCAAACUGUUCGUCUUGAUCAAACACGUAUGGACAUCCGACUGGCCAAGACGCUUGUCCUUAUUCUGGUCGUCCUCAUCAUCUGCUGGGGUCCACUCCUAGCCAUCAUGGUCUACGAUGUCUUUGGGAAGAUGAACAAGCUGGUAAAGACGAUAUUUGCCUUUUGCAGUAUGCUGUGCUUACUUAAUUCAACAGUUAAUCCUAUUAUCUAUGCUCUGCGGAGCAAGGAUCUGAGGCAUGCAUUCCGCAGCAUGCUCUGUUCCUGCAAAGGGGCAUCAGCUCAGCCACUAGAAAACAGCCUGGAGUCAGACUGCCAACAGAAACAGGGGAACCAUCCUGGUACCAUGCAAACAGCUGCCAGGACCUGCAUCAAGAGCACUGUAAAAGUAGCUCAAGUGGCUAUUUCAGUCUCCACAGAGACAUCAGCUGAGGCCGUCUGAGUGGAGGAGUCUGACCAUUCACAAUGACAAUAAUUCUUAAAGGUUUAAUUGUAAUAAUCGUAUUGAAAAGAACUUAGGCAGCUCUUCUGCCAUGACAUCAUUAGCACUAGCUCUGGAAAUACAGCAAAGCCAGUUUAGAAACUGCAUCCAUCCAAUUGGCUGAUGCAUGUCAAACUAAAACCAAGCUUUUCACUGACAACUUGGUUUGUACAGUAAGAGUAAAACAGAACUAUAUGUGGCAAUAUAGCAGGUCUCACGAAAAAGCCAUUCUCAAGGACAGUCCCUGAACUAUCUUGAAACAAGGAUGUCCUUUUAAGAAUGUCAAGGAAGUUAAUAUCUGUCACGCACAAUAUUGAUGCAGGUACUUCUAGUAUUGCAAGGGCACUCACUUCAUGGAUGAUGCCAUCUCCGUGUUGCUGCUUCUCUAUCCUGGCCCUGGUGAUAACGUCUAGUUAGGACAGAACCAAAUUUGGCAAAGCCUAUACCUUUCUAAUUAUAACUGUCAGAAUAAGGCAACACCUGAGAACACACAACUGCAUAAUGAGCUGCCCUUACGAUACAUGGUGAUCCAAGAGACAAAUGACUUAUUGACUCAUUAUUAAUGCAAUCAGAGGUGCAUUCCCUGUUGAAUUAAUAUUUAAAUUCACAAAUUAAUUAUUGGCUUAUAAAAAUGAAAGAAUUUAUUCUUUUUUACCAGCAGCUAAGAUAAUUUUAAUUCUUGGUGAUGUGGCAGAUAUUGACCCUACUUAUUCCUUUGAAUGUGUAACACUGCUUGUUGCACAUAUAUACACAUAAAGAUACUCAAGCUUGACAUAUGAUGUGUGAUAUAACCUAAUUGCUAGAUCCAUUAAUUUUCAAAUACUGGAUUGAGCAACUUAGAUUAAAAAGCACCAAUUGUGAAACUAUCUCAUAGUUCCAGUGCUAUUGGGCCAUUUAGUGGACUAGUUCAUUUCUCACUGAUUGCCGCAGAUUGAUUUAUAAUUUGAAUUUAGGUGUGUUGAUACCUGAGAUAAAAGCAUUCAGUGUAGCAUCAAGCAGUUACAUUAAUUUGGAGCAAUUUAAAAGUAAAUAAUGGUCCAAUGAUUUAUAUAUUUCAGUAAAAUGUCACAAUGAUGGUUAAAUGCUACCUUUCUUCCUGAUCUUGGUUGUUGAUUGGAAUAAUUACUCAGGUGGUUUUGAAUUCAGAGGCAUAACUCCUUUGAAAGUUGCUCAAAGCUGUUUUUCAAAAUGGUAUUAUGCAGGUGGGCUACUAAAUUGGGCUCAUUUGCAGUUGAAUUCUGGGUACCAUGAUGCUUUUAGAGCAUCAAAGUGGUGCCCGUGAUCCCCACGCACACUUGCGGGUGAACCAAGCUGAAUUGUGCAGACAUUAAGACACAAGUGAGAUCCAUUGGAAGUAUGCAAAGCAGAAAAGUCACAAUGUCAAUUAGAAGCGAUGUUGAUUAGACGUCAGCGGUGGAUUUUUGAAGCUCAAUGCAGCAGCUAAAGCCCCUCCUAACCUUACAUAUCUGAAUACAUGCUUCCCCCCCACUCCGCCACAACCAUUUCUCUGGUUCAAGGGAUCAUCAACUGCUUGUAUGUUAGUUUGUAGUUAACGUCUCCUCUGGUUUCUUUUAAGUAUUAGACUUCAUCUUACAAUUGAUUCAGUUUGCAAAUUCUACAGUAAGUACGACAGGGCAGCACGGUGGCUCAAUGGCUAACACUGCUGCCUCAGAGCGGUCUGGGUUUGAUUCCAUCCUUGGC